AUGUGACCAGUCUCUUUGAUUCUCUGUAUCUCGCAGGAGAAGACUUAAUCUCAACUACUAAGGUUGUUCAAACACUUUCAUAAUGGGAAAGGAAAAGACUCACAUAAACAUUGUUGUUAUUGGUCAUGUUGACUCUGGCAAGUCAACCACUACUGGUCAUUUGAUCUACAAGUGUGGUGGAAUUGAUAAGAGAGCUAUUGAAAAGUUCGAAAAGGAAGCUGCUGAGAUGGGAAAAGGUUCGUUCAAAUAUGCUUGGGUGUUGGACAAACUAAAGGCUGAGCGUGAACGUGGUAUUACUAUUGACAUCGCUUUGUGGAAGUUUGAAACAACAAAGUACUAUGUUACUGUCAUUGAUGCUCCUGGCCAUCGUGAUUUCAUCAAGAACAUGAUCACAGGAACGUCACAGGCUGAUUGUGCUGUGUUGAUUGUGGCAAGUGGGACAGGUGAAUUUGAAGCUGGUAUUUCUUCAAAUGGACAAACUCGUGAACAUGCUCUACUAGCCUAUACCCUUGGUGUAAAGCAAAUGAUUGUUGGUGUUAACAAAAUUGACAGCAGUGAGCCACCAUACUCUAAGGCUCGUUUCGAGGAAAUCACAAAAGAAGUCCAGGCGUACCUCAAAAAGGUUGGUUACAACCCCAAGACGGUUGCUUUUGUCCCAAUAUCUGGUUGGCAUGGUGACAACAUGCUUGAGCCAAGUGAGAACAUGCCAUGGUUCAAAGGUUGGUCUGUUGAACGCAAAGAAGGAAAUGCAAGUGGCAAGACGUUAUUUGAAGCUUUGGAUUCUAUCCUUCCUCCCAAACGUCCUACUGAUAAACCUCUUCGUUUGCCUCUCCAAGAUGUGUACAAGAUUGGAGGAAUUGGUACCGUUCCAGUUGGACGUGUUGAGACCGGUAUUCUGAAGCCAGGAACAGUGGUAACAUUUGCACCUGCGUGUCUUACAACUGAGGUUAAAUCUGUUGAAAUGCAUCACGAAGCUUUGCCUGAAGCUCUGCCUGGUGACAAUGUUGGCUUCAAUGUGAAAAAUGUCUCUGUGAAAGAAAUAAAGAGAGGAAUGGUUGCUGGUGACAGUAAGAAUGAUCCUCCUAAAAAAGCUGCAAACUUCACUGCCCAGGUCAUCAUUAUGAACCAUCCAGGUGAAAUCCAUGCUGGGUAUAGUCCAGUUUUGGAUUGUCAUACAGCCCACAUCGCUUGCAAGUUUUCGGAACUAAAACAAAAAAUCGAUCGUCGAAGUGGUAAAGCUACGGAAGAAAAUCCCAAACAUUUAAAGAAAGGUGAUGCUGGCAUGGUGGUGAUGAUUCCGUCCAAGCCUAUGUGUGUUGAAACAUUCACCGAAUAUCCCCCUCUCGGAAGAUUUGCCGUACGUGACAUGAAGCAAACUGUUGCUGUUGGAGUCAUAAAAGGAGUUGAGAAGUCAGAUGGCACGGGCGGUAAAGUAACCAAGUCUGCACAAAAGGCUGGUGCUGGCAAGAAGUGAUUUUAUCCUCUUGAACUUUUCACUCAAGAUCUGCUUGUUGAGAAUAAAUGCCCGUUUAAUGGAAGAACUAUCAAUACUUGUUUUCCAUUUGGAAGAGACUUUGAGUGUAAUAAUGGGCAAAUAGUUAAUAAAUGGUAUAAAUCAA